AUGUAUCUCAUCAACACCACCACUAUCAAGAUUCGUCCGUUCGUCGGUAUAAUCCCCAAAUAUGUUAUCCUGUCACAUACCUGGGGUGACGACGAAGUUACGUUCGAAAGCAUGCAAAGGCCUGAUGAACGCACGAAAGCCUUGAAGGGCUACAUGAAGAUCAAGAGAUGCUGUGAGCAAGCGAAGCAAGAUGGCUAUCGAUGGGCCUGGGUAGAUACUUGUUGCAUCGACAAGAGAAGCAGUGCUGAGCUUUCAGAAGCAAUUAACUCGAUGUACAGGUACUACUGGGGGGCUGAGAAGUGUUACGCAUAUCUUACCGAUGUUGGUGAUAAGAACUCUGGAGACGUGAGAGACGAUCUCAGCGAUGUUAACAGUAUCGACGUCGUAUAUGAUUUUCAAGAAUCAAGUGUCGAAUUGCCAUGGCCGAUUCGGUCAGGGAGGGAGGUAUACCAAUUCCUCAACUCAAGAUGGUUCAAGCGAGGCUGGACACUUCAAGAGCUUCUUGCUCCAGCAACGCUCGAGUUCUAUGAUCAGGAGUGGAACAUGAUUGGCACGAAAUUCAGUUUGGCAACUUUCAUCCAAAUAGCCACCGAGAUCCAGGCGCAGUACAUUUCUGACAGAAAUGCCAUGAAAAGGGCAAGUAUAGGACUCCGACUUAGUUGGGCAUCUCAGAGGGAUACUACACGAGAUGAGGAUCAAGCCUACUGUUUGUUCGGGAUCAUGGGAGUCAACAUGCCGCUUCUUUACGGAGAAGGAAAGCGGGCGUUUUACAGACUGCAGGUCGAACUACUCAAGAACACAAUGGAUCAUACCAUAUUCGCUUGGUCAUUAGGCCCUAGUUUUGGCUUUGAACCAAAGAACCCAUACCAAUUCGUCGGCAUCUUAGCGACAACACCAAGGGAUUUCCAAAGCAAGCAAUUGGCCAACAUUCGGCCAGGUCUACCGCAGACGAUACAAGAUAGUACACACGAUGUUACAAAUGCAGGCCUUCGUAUCGUUCUUCCUUGCGUCGCCGAAGGACCUGACACUCUCCUCGCAUUGCUGAACUGUUAUCACGACAAAACUGGGGGUCUUUUCGUUCGAUUAAGACGACUGGAAGAUCAGCGCUUUAUGAGACAUCAAAACUAA